CAGCCGACCUCGGUCACCUUACCAACUUACAUACCUACUAUCACCACCUCUCUUCGUCCUACUACUCCCGUCCUUGGCGAUCUUCUAUCGACAUCUCUCUCUCUCUCUCUAUCCGGUUUUUUUAAUAUUGCGCGCGCCCAGCCCAACUGCGACGACGGCUCGAAGAUCUUAACAAGCCAAGCGCCUCCACCGAUCGUUCAUCUACCCGCCCAACAUGCCGCAAGAUCCAAACCUCUACGGGCAGCGGCCGCCGAAGCGACAAAAGAAAGAGGUCCCGCUCUCGAGCUCCGUCGCCUUCACCUCGCAGCUCACCUCGCUCAUCUCCUCCGCCACCGCCCCCGUCGCGUCCGGCCGCGCCCGCCCCUCGAAGACCAAAGACGACAUCUUCUCCGUCAAAGCCAAGCGAAAAGCCCCCGGCGGCGACGGCGGUAGAGACAGGAACAAGGACGGGAGCAGAGAAAGAGGCAGCAACACCGCCAAGAUCUCGCUCAAGGAUCCCCGCGGCACCGAGGAAGAGAAGCAGGACCUCGCGCGCACGCGUCGCCGGAUGGAGGAGAAGGCGCGCUUGUACGCGGCCAUGAAGCGCGGCGACUACGUGGCGCGGGAGGGCGAGGCGGCGCCGCUGGUGGACUUUGACCGGAAGUGGGCGGAGAAGCACCCGGAGGGUGACGGCAGCGACUCGUCGUCGUCGGGCGGCUCGGGGACGGACGGCGAGGGCGAGGGCAACGACGACGACGAGAUGGUCGAGUACACGGACGAGUUCGGGCGGACGCGGCGGGUGUCGCGCGCGGAGGCGCGGCGGGAGCGGCGGCGGGCGGCGCGGCGGGCGCUCGGGGCGGCGGAGCUGGAGGCGAUGGCGGGGCGGCCGCGGGCGCCGGAGCCGGAGCGCCUGCUGCGCGGCGACGUGGUGCAGACGGCGGCGUUCGCGCCGGACGCGGCGGCGCGCGCCGGCAUGGCCGCGCUGGCCGCGCGCCGCGACCGCACGCCCACGCCGCCCCCCGACGCCCACUUCGACGGCCGCGCCGAGAUCCGCACCAAGGGCGUCGGCUUCUACCACUUCCGCGCCGACGACGCCGCCGCGCGCGCCGCGCAGAUGGCCGACCUCGCGCGCGAGCGGGCCGCCACCGAGCGCGCACGCGCCGAGCGCCGCGGUGGCGCCGCCGCCACCGCCGCCGCCGCCGCCGACGACGACGACGACGACGUGCCCGGCCCCCGCCCCGACCCCCGCCGCGAGGAGCGCCGCAGAGUCCUCGAGGAGCGCCGCCGCAGGAUGGGCGAGAAGCGCGCCGAGAGGCUCGCUGAGAGCUUCCUCGACGGGCUCGCGGGCGAGAUCGGGGCCAGCGGAGGCGCGCUGGCUGGUGGCGGUGGGGGUAAUAAGGGCGAGGAAAAGGGGGAGGCGGCGGGGAGCGACAGGGAGGAGAAGCGGGAGAGUGCUGAGGACCAGGGACGCGCAUGAUAAGGCUUGUAGGCUAGGCUGAAGGACCGAUCUAGUCGCCCGGAAUGAUUGAUAAAUGCGGCGGGUCACACAGAGUGCAGAUAGAUAAUCCAAAAUGCCCCCCCGCCCCGUUCCGGCUGCACCUAGAGAGUAUCGCCUCCUCCCACCGCGGGGCUCUAAGCCUUGCAAGCGCGCGAGACGGAGCAGUGUAGAGGGAUAUCUCCUGACAAACACUCGGGG